GUGAAGAGGCACGGACACAGGGGGCCGCCCACACUAGCUCUCACCGGCUCAGUGCAGUCACACACACACAGCAGGAGGAGGAGACUGGGGGGAAAGCACUGAUCCUCUGCUCGGUUCAUGCCUCAGAUCUGGACUGGACGAGGAGGAUGGAGAAGUUAGGCAGCUUGCUUCUCAGGUGUGUGGUUUGGUUUGGACUGGCCUCUGCUUUGGAUUUCCAGCACCAUGGCUAUGAGGACAUGGUGAGAGCCAUGCUGAAUGUGCAGAAUGAGUGCCCCUUCAUCACCAGGGUAUACAGCAUUGGGCGCAGCGUGGAAGGCAGGCACCUCUAUGUGCUGGAGUUCAGUGACAACCCAGGGAUACAUGAGCUCUUGGAGCCGGAGUUCAAGUAUGUGGGGAACAUGCAUGGAAAUGAGGUCCUUGGCAGGGAGCUGCUGAUUCAGUUCUCCCAGUUCCUGUGUGAGGAAUACCGGGCUGGAAGUCCACGGAUAACACGGCUGAUCCACGACACUCGGAUACACAUCCUGCCCUCCAUGAACCCUGAUGGAUACGAGGUGGCUGGUAACCAGGGCCCGGACGCUAAUGGCUACCUCACAGGCAGGGCCAAUUCCAGAGAUGUGGAUUUAAACAGGAAUUUUCCAGAUCUGAACGCAAUGAUGUAUUAUUUUGAGAAAAACGAUGGACCGAAUCAUCACCUCCCCUUACCUGAUAACUGGGAACAGCAGGUAGAAUCGGAAACACUCGCAGUGAUCAGAUGGAUGAAAAAUUAUAAUUUUGUUCUCUCGGCUAAUCUGCACGGUGGCGCAGUUGUAGCAAAUUACCCUUUCGAUAAGUCUCGGGAGGCGAGGGUCAGGGGUUACCGUAAAACAAGUUACUCCGCUACAGCAGACGACAAGAUCUUUAAAAAGCUGGCAAGGACCUACUCGUAUGCCCAUGGCUGGAUGCACCAAGGCUGGAAUUGCGGAGACUAUUUUGACGAGGGGAUCACAAAUGGAGCCAGCUGGUACUCUCUCUCCAAAGGCAUGCAGGAUUUUAACUAUCUCCACACCAACUGUUUCGAGAUCACCCUGGAGCUGAGCUGUAACAAGUUCCCAGCAGCACAGGAGCUGCAGCGAGAGUGGCUGGGGAAUCGGGAGGCGCUUGUGUCUUACCUGGAACAGGUUCACCUUGGCAUUAAAGGAAUGGUUUACGAUGAAAAUAACAAUGGCAUUAAAAAAGCAGUGAUUUCCAUAUACGGGAUCAACCAUGACAUCACCACAGGCGUCGAUGGGGAUUAUUUCCGGUUGUUAUUACCUGGAACUUACACAGUAACUGCAUCAGCUGAGGGAUACCAGCCCAGCACCAGCACAGUGACAGUGGGGCCUGCAGAAGCCAUACAGUUACAUUUCUAUUUGAAAGCUGCUUCCCAGGAAACCACCAGUGAAACACAGAGUGCUGGGAGCAACAAGAAAGUCCCUCCACAUAAAAUGGCGCCCAGAUGAGAGACUCACUGAUACAUUCUGCAAAGCAGAAUACGGACAUAUAUAUAUAAAUCCUUCCACUUUGUUUAACCACAGAAUAUUGUAUUGGAGUAUUAGAUUUUUUUGGAAAGUGUAAAAAAUAGUGUAAAAAGCAAGAAUUCAAGCAGUAGCUUAUGUGCAAAUAAUUCAGUGCAUCUAUGAAGGACUGUUCAGUUUUCUUUAUGUGUUUGAUGUACUGUAGUAGCAGAGAUUCAAGGACACAGCAGCUUUUUUUACAUCACACCCGUUCUAUCCACGUGUGGGCCAAAUAGGGGAGCCACGUGUUUUUUUUAGAAAUUGUCCUCCUCUAUAAAGGUUAAAAUGAUGUCUAAAAGUGAAAAAAAGCUAAAUGAGAAAUGCAACUACAUUGAUAUGCUUAUGUAUAUGAAAAAGCUUUUUUUUUUUUUUACCAAUGGCUUAUUAAGAUUAAACGUAUCUGUACAUACUUGGUUCCGUC